GGGUUACGACAGCUCACUCAAAGCCUCGCCUUGCAGUUACUCAAGCUGAAUCACCAGUGUGAGUUAUACUCCUACACCGUGGAUAGGUUCUUUCUGUGAAAUCUGCAGCGAUGUCUGGCACUGUUCUACUAAACUAUCGUUCGGAGGACUGGAUCGACUGUGCAUCUUUCUCGAAUCCCGCACAGCCACACAAAUCACGCCUCAACUCGGGCCAUCUCUCUCAAACAUCUCUGACGCCGGAUUACCACAAUACAGGGUAUCAACCAUCGAGUAUGUCCAAAAACGUCACCACGUCAUCGUUUAACCCCUUAGAGGUCAAGUCGAAUAUCCACACAGAAAACAUGAAACAACUUUCUACAGUUGCUCCAAAACACCCGCAGUACCAAACAUACAGCUCACGUCUAGAUUCUUUUGUUGCCUGGCCUAUACGGUAUGUCCCGAAAACACCCGAGGAGCUGGCAUCAGCCGGGUUCUUUUACAUCGGGUCAGCUGACCGGGUCACGUGUUUUCAUUGUGGAAUAACCUUGAGAGACUGGGAAGCAGAACACAGCCCUGUUGCAGAACACAAGAGGUAUGCCUCCGACUGUGAAUUCUCAAAAUUACAGUCAUGUGAGUUACUUGGUGGUGAUAAAAAGGUCCAAGAGGAGAGUGGACAUUCAUCUAUGGCAGUUGAUGAGAAUGCUAACUCAAACGUUGACCUUCAUAUCACGCAAACUAAUGACCUUCACCUUGGUGGCGGUGCUUGUGCGGCUUCAGUGGAUCCUAACGAUUCUGCUAUGGCAGACCCAUGUCUAGUCGUGGGAGGGAGUGAUGACUCCGUGGACACAUCAGCUCUCUGUGAAAAUCUACAGACUCUAUCAAUCGAGGUGUGUGAUAGGGAGAUGCCCUGUGGAUCUCCCAUGGACAUGGAGACUACAUCAGACAUCACACGCUCUCAUGAAAGUCAGAAAGAGGUGUCUCAAAUCUGUAAACCUAAAGCCCUGAGCAAGAAACUGAAGCUUCUGAAGGCCGAGAACAGACGUCUCAAGGAACAAUCCACGUGCAGAGUGUGCAAAAACAACGCUGUAUCCAUCCUCUUCCUGCCCUGUGGUCAUCUCGUCACGUGCUCAGACUGCGCAGAAAAGGUCCAUGAAUGUGUGAUGUGCGGGAAGACUAUUCUUGGAACAGUGAAAACCUUCAUUAUGUUUUCUGGUGGUUGCACUGCUUCAGGAUCUGCUUCUGUGCUGCUGUCUUCUUCAGCUUCUAUUCCAGGCAGCCUGGAGAGUCCAUCAGCGUCUGCGUUGUUGAGCCCUGGCCUAUAUAAGUGUCAAAGAGCGAAGUUUCAUAUCAAAUCGGCCCAGACUAAGUUUCUCAGGGAGAAGCUAUCUGAACGACCACUGCAUCGAGUUAACGUGCAGUGUGUUGGGAAGAUCGGCAGCCCCACAGAGUCCUUCGCUUGGAUGAAGUCGGCUGGCCUGAAAAGAAUGGUCAUCCAGUUUGAGUUGGAGUGGCACUUCGAAGGUACUCCAAAAGACGACGCAGAGAAGUUGGGAACCGACCGACAUGCUUCUCACUGCGAGUUAAACUACAUAAUGGAACAUGGGGAAAUACAGACGGACGGACAUAGCGGGAAUGUCCUGGGUGAUCUGCCUGGGUAUAGUACAACAGUUCCCGAGAGCGACAGCUUCAAGGGAAGGUUGGAAACAUUUGCCUCCAAGCCAAAUAUCAAGGAAAACCGCGUACUUGCCCAGGCUGGGUUUUCUUACACAGCUCCAGACAGGGUCGAAUGCAGCCACUGUGGUCUUCAGCUGCAUCUGACUGGCCAGCUGGACAAUGUCCUGCAGGAGCACCUCAGGUCCAAACCUAACUGCCCCUCCAUCAGCAAACUGUCCAACACUGGCCCCAGGACACCCCCCAAGCAUCCCGAGUACAGGGAGGCUGCUGCUAGGCUUGAUUCCUUCACGUCUUGGCCGACAGCGUAUGUUCCUCAGUCCCCAGAGAAUCUUGUGGCUGCAGGGUUCUACUACAUCGGCUCAGCCGACAGAGUCACGUGUUUCCAGUGUGGAAUAACCUUGAGGGACUGGGAUGUAGGUCACGACCCUAUGACAGAGCACCGGGAGUACUCUCCCAAUUGUGAGUUCAUCAGUACACCUGACUUGAACCAACUUGGAGUUGCCCGAAGGGUAACUUCUGACCUUGACAUUGAUGCUGUUGCCAGUGCUUCACUUGGUAACCUUGACCUUCAAGGUGAUUGUAGUGGUCUGCCAGGUACAGAUGGCAGCUUUGAUGAUGUUGAGCUGGAGGUGAGGGAAAUGGGGUUCCCCGCUGAUAAGAUCCGUAGGGCGAAGGAUGUGUUUUUGAGGAGACAUGGGAGGUCCUGUGAGAAUACCUCUGAGCUUGUAGACUGUAUCCUAACUCUGGGCAAUGACAAGUCUAAUAAUGAAGAGAAAUUAACCACCAAAAUUCCAUUCAUUGUUUCAAAUUGUCAGAGUUCCUUCAGAGACGAAGGUCCUGUGUCAUCCCCUGUCAAGGAAAUGGUCAACUCUGAUUCUGGAAUAAAACCACCAAAGUCUCCAAAGUCUAAGGUAAAGAAUGCUCCCCUGUUGUCAGAGAAUAAACGUCUUCGUGAGCAGAGGCUGUGUCGAGUCUGUCGCCAGAGGGACGUCUGCACACUGUUCCUUCCCUGCGGCCAUCUUGUAACGUGUGAAUCAUGUGCAGAAAAAGUUGAUGAUUGCGUUCUUUGUAACAGGACCAUCAUGGGAACAGUGAAGACAUAUCUCACGUAGGUCAAAGCAAGAGGUCUUCCAAAGGACUUAUUGUUUGUUUUGCCUUAGAGGAACAUAGUGCCAAUACACACUAUUUCUGAGAUGGAUGACACUCCCACAGAUACACUCUUCACCCACUAACUAGUGCUUGGAUGUCAAAGUAGCUGAACACUGAAAGCCAGACCAUGGUCUUCUGUGAUGUGCAGAGGUCAACAUUUGAACACAGUGACCCAAUACUAUCAUAUAUGCUGGAGACUGCCAUGUUUUUGACAACUGUGAUCCUAUGUCCUAAUAUAUAACUGGGAUGAUAUCCAUGGAUCAAACUUAUAACAAUCAAAUCAACAUCUGUGUACCAGCAUGGGUGGGGUGUGGUACAAAGGUAUUUCUGUAGGUACUUCUGUACAAUAACCUUGUAUAUUACACGGUACCAACGAAGUGUGUUAUACCAUCCCCCACAGAUGCUUGGACUUUCACAUUGGGAAAAUAUAGGCGUAUCCAAUGUAUAUAUGAAUACUAAAAACAUUGGUAUCUUAAUGAAACCAUGCUAUCUAUAAGAAACCUGUGAUAUAUUUGACAUAUCAACUAGCCUAUUAGUCAGUUUUGUUUCUAGGAGUAUAAGGCACUUCUUCACAGUGUUGGAGAACUUAUUUAACCUUGGAUACUGGUAUUAUAGCUGCCCAUAACAAAGUCAUGUGAUAGUUGUUCACAAUGGUGUACUGAAUGAUUAGAACAAUAGAAAAUGUUUCUUGAGCAUGUUGAGCAUGUUUAGACGAUUUCUCAUAAAAAGUUAAAACAUGGAUGAUGACUGAACACACUAGCCUGUAACCAUGGUAACCUUGAGCCAAUUUCACGUUCAGCAAAACAAAUCUGAGAAUUUGAUCACACAACUCACUAAUUGUGCAUGCCCGUCCUAACCAUUUUCCAAUACUUAAC